AUGAAUCCUACAAUUUUGAUCAGUUGUCUAUUGGUUGUCUCUGGAUGUCUACUUGGAAGCGGACAUGCCCAAAGUGAUGAUGAAUUCACCACUGAGAGACAACGCUUUCUUCAUGUGUAUGGCAAUUCUACGGUUGAUGAAGCCACUAGAUAUAGUAAUGUCGUCGACCUAAUCAAGUUCUAUGAGACCUACUCAUCUCGUCUCUCAUUGAAAUCUCCUUUCAAUUAUCGUGCCGAAGAACACUUGAGGUGGUAUAAGGAGGAACAGGAACGCUGUGAAGGUGUUCGUCCUUUCCCUGAACCGGGAUAUCCGAUGACGGCACCAAGUUACUGCACGCUGUCUUUUGUGAAGCGUCGCAUUGUGGAGCUGGCCGAGGAAAUUGCCUCGGAGGCAAUCAAAAGUCCUAGGGGGUCUUAA